AUGGCACUUGCACAUCAGACUACCCAUCUAGUGACUAUUAAUCUUUUCUUUUAUCUUGUAUGUUCUUCAUCAGCAAACAAUGUCAAUGGUGGCGGAUUCAGCGUCGAACUCAUUCGCCGAAACUUGCCAAAUUCACCAUUCUACAAUCAUAAUACAUCUCCUCCAAAGAGCUUAAGCAAUCGUUUUCGACGUCUAUUGAAGCCGUCCAAUCCAAACAUACCGCAAUCAGAAGUGAGACGCGACUUUGAUGGCGAGCAUCUCAUGAAGUUUUCCAUCGGAACUCCACCUGUGGAUAUUUAUGGGGUUGCAGACACAGGCAGCACAUUAAUAUGGACGCAAUGUGAGCCGUGUAUCGAUUGCUACAAGCAGAAAAAUCCCAAGUUCGACCCGAGAAAAUCGUCAACUUAUAGGAACGUUUCAUGUGGUGCACAAGAAUGUAAUUUACUCAUAGAUUCUGGCCCUAACUCUUGCUCAUCAUCUUCUGAUCAUCGUCAAGAGCUCUGCAAUUACAAUUACAGUUACGUAGACGGUGCAACUACCAUUGGAUUACUUGCGAAAGAAACAAUCACGUUGAAGGCCGCAUCCGGGAAACCAAUUCCCUUACAAAAUAUUGUGUUUGGUUGUGGACAUAAUAAUACAGGAGAAACGUUUCAGGAGAACCAAAUGGGAGUAGUAGGGCUUGGAAUUGGAAACAUGUCGUUUAUUUCCCAAAUUUCCCCUGCAGUUGGAGGCAAAAAGUUCUCCUACUGUUUGGUUCCAUCCCAUGCAAAUCCCACGUCCAUAAGCAAGAUGAGUUUUGGGAAUGGGAGUGAGGUUUUGGGUGAAGGGGUGGUCUCAAUGCGGUUGAUCUCCGAGCUUGACAAUAACGCUUAUCGCGUCAUGAUCGAAGGCAUGAGCGUUGGAGACAAGUUUGUGCCUUUCAAUUCAUCCGGUAAUGGGGCUUUGCCAGGGAAUACUAUUCUCGAUUCCGGAACACCAAACACGUACUUGCCUCAACAAUUUUAUGAUCCUUUGGUGGCGGAGUUGAAGAAGCAGAUUGCGAUGAGCCCCAAUGAAAUAAUGGACCCAACUUUUGGGACACUUGUUUGUUACAACAACAAGAACAUUUUCAAAGGGAAAAAAAUUACCGUGCAUUUUGAAGGUGGUGCUAAGUUGCAGUUGACACCAAAUCAGAUCUUUUUCUACCACCAAGAGUUUCAGAAUUUCUGUUUUGCAAUGCAGAAUUCAAGUUAUGUCACUCGUGAUGAUUUUAUUGUUUAUGGGAAUUAUGUUCAGUCUAAUUUCUGGAUUGGUUUCGACCUAGAAAGAAUGGUGGUUUCGUUUAAGCCAACUGAUUGUACAAAUAGUACUAGCAGUGUUAUUGCUACUCCCUUUUCCUUUUCCUCCACUUAUGUUUUGAAUUUUCUUUUAUUUGUAAUUUUGACCUUCUAG